AGAUCAAUCGCGAGCAUGGAGGAUCAGUUGAUGAGGGCGUCACGCCAAAACACUGAUGAUCUGCUGCGGCAAUGGCAGAGCAAAUCCGAUGAAGUCAAGGAGAGCUUGGCGGGGGCUAGAAAGACCGUGGAUAGAAUGGGUAUCGCUUGCAAGUCUCCCUCGGACAGCAGUGCGUCUAGCCGCUCAUGCGAAGACAUGGAGGCAGACUCAGAUAGCGACUUUGAGCUGCGGAGACCGUCGACUUCCAGUGACGACAACUCCAACUCCUCAUGUGAUCCCUCUCAAUCCUUGAAAUUGGCCAGGGAGUCCUUAGGGCUCGAAGAUCCAGCGAGGCUCCGAGCAGAUCCGCUGAAAAUGGACAUCUCAGGAGAGCUUUCAUGCGCUGACACGGAAACUAGUCUGAGUCUGAUGAGAAGACGGAAAACCGUACACGAAAUCCCUCAAAUCAUCAUCAAUACGCCCGAGGGCACCGACAAAUUCAAGCGGAGACGGAGUACAGGCGAGGUCGUGCGGUCCUUUUCCGAUACAAAUGCGGCAAGACAGCGACGAUGAUACCGGUCUCGUUUCCACAGCCAAGAACGCCGCGGAUGCAGCUUUCAUGCGUCAACUCUCCCGGAACCCCUUCGGGGAAUAAACCGCGCACCCCAAUACCCCUGGCAAAGGAAGACCCUUGUACGCCAGACACGCACGGCCAUCUGCCUUUCUCCAGC